GGUCUACAGAUCGCGAGUCAAUCGCACCGAGCGGUGAGCUACUCGACGCCACAAUUCAGUGAUUAUAAUCCGAGAUUAUUAUUUAAUCUAAUCUCCCUUUCCAAUUCAAAAUAAUGACAAGGCAAUAACAUAGUUUUUUAACUGCAAUAGUUACUUAUUGCGUAACACAGUGCAAUUAUUGUAGAAAUAGUCAUAAAUAGAAUACGGAAAUUAUACGUGAAUCACGAUGAUUAUAGAUAUCUCAAGGAGAAACAAGGACAAACUGAUUGAGGGACUGGUAGUGAGAGAAACGAAGCUGAUAAUCAUUGGCAGGGGAAAUCGUUCCAAGAACGGAAAAUUGAUACCAGUCUUUCCUGAUAUUGUCUACCUGUGCGACAACUAUGAGCAACGAUCAGCAAGAAUUGAAGACGAUCGAACUGCACGAAUUACAACCGAUACUGAGUCGCACAUUCGGUGAUCGGUUGAUAGUGGUCCGUUAUACGACUGAAAAUUUGCUACAGCCUGGCGAGAAUUAUGGUAGUACCAUUUUUAGUGUUCACGCCGUGAUUAAGCGCAACGAUGAAGCAGAAGAGGAAGAUCUUUAUCUGAUUGCGAAGAUGCCGCCGCCGACAGAAUUUCAACGCCAAAUCUUUGAUACUCCGUUCACAUUCAAAAAGGAAAUCUUUAUGUAUGAAGACAUUGUGCCUUAUUAUCAAAAACUGGAAGAAGAAAUGGGAUUGAAGGAGAAUGAAGUAUUCGACAUAUUGCCUAAAUAUUAUAAGUCCCGAUUGUCGCUGAGCCCGAACGUCGAAUUUGAUGAUAACGCCGUUAUUUUAAUGGAAAACUUACGAGCACGUGGUUAUUACAAUAGCAAUAGAGCUACAGGAUGCGAUCUCGAACACUCAAGAGUCGCGAUACGAGCAUUGGCGAGAUUUCAUGCGUUAGGGAUGGCUACCAAAUACAAGCGACCGGAGUAUUUCGAGGUAUUAAAGGAACGCAGUAAAUGUGUGGAAAUAAAAACUGAGGAUUUUGAACACUUCCGAGAAGAUAUGCUGAAAAGGAUAGCGGAGGACCCGGAAUUAUCCGUUUACGUUGAUCGAUGCGAUACUGCCAUACGCGACUCGUUCAAAUAUGGCUUCUGGACAAUGACGCCCGAUGAACCGUGGUCCACUAUUAUCCACGCAGACUUUUGGGUGAACAACAUCAUGUUCCAUCGUGAUGAGAACGAUCAUGUGGACGAUAUUAAGUUCGUAGAUUUUCAGAAUUAUCUAUUUUUCAGCCCAAUGCGCGAGCUGGUCUUUUUCCUGUUCUCUAGCACAGAAGUCGUCUCAUCCGAGGAUCAUAUCGAAGAACUGAUAGAUCUCUACCACGAGACGUUUAUAGCUGUGUUAAACCGAAUGGGUUGCAAUACCGAGCCAUUUACUAGAGAGAAGUUUGAUGCCAAGCUGUUGACUGAUGCUAGGCUCGAGUCUAUGCAUUUAUUCUUCAUGCUUAAGAUACUUACACUAAAUGUGCAAGAGACCGAGUUGAAACACGAUAAUAUGAAAGACUUCAUGAUGACCUAUCAGGGCAACCAAUUGUUCAUUCAACGAUUGCGAACAGUUAUAUUUUAUUUUAUUAAACACAACUGGAUGUAGAAAAAAAUAUACAAUAGGAAAAAGUAGAAAACAUUCUGAAAUAUUAAAUCACGUAUAAAUACGUUUAUGAUUGCACGAUAAUGA